AUGACGGACUCACAAACAUCCGGUGGACAACUCGACGUCAAUGUCCUUACCAUAGACGAAUUAAAAGAAGAGUUGCGAAAAUUAGAGCUGCCGCUGAGUGGAAGCAAAGCAGUUCUUCGUGAGCGUUUGAGAUCGUCCAAGAGAAGCUGCAAGACGAAGCCGCGAAGCGACGAUCCAGACGAUGAAGACGAUUCCGAGAGUGAAGACGAUGAAGAGGUCGAAGAGAGAGAGCUGCCGAAGAGAUCACAGCCACUGCCAUUUAGGGAUAUUGAGGAUUCGAUUCAGACGUUUUCUGGCGACGGCAAGCAAAAUGUUCGUCGCUGGAUCGAGGAUUUCGAGGAGACCAGCAAGGUUUGUUUGUGGUCUGAGGCGCAGAAGAUAAUUUAUGCAAAGAAACUGUUGCGAGGAUCGGCAAAGUUAUUUGUGUCUUACGAGAAGUGUGCGAAAUCAUGGAAGCAGAUGAAGCGAGCAUUGAUCGGGGAAUUUUCGAAAACGGUGAACAGUCGAUCAAUUCACAAGGAGCUAGCGCAGACGAAGAAGCAGAAUAGUGAAUCAUAUAUGGAGUACGUUUAUCGCAUGAUGGAGAUCGCCAGUCACGCUGACGUCGAGCUUGAGGCUACUAUCCAGUACGUCAUCGACGGAAUCCAUGACGAUCCAGUGAAUAAAACUAUCCUUUACGGUGCGGUGAGUGUUAAGGAGUUGCGUAAAAAACUGUCUCAGUACGAGGCAAUGAAGAGUAGUCAGAAGGUGAACCAGUCAAAGACGGGGAAAACGUGGGAAAAGCGAGAAAAAGACAGUAAGGAGAAGGAGAGCAAAGGAAAGGAAGCGUCACGAGUGCAGAGCAAUCUUCGAUGUUUCAACUGUGGACAGCGGAAUCACGUGAGCGCGGAUUGCCCGCAAAAGGAGAAGGGCAGCAAGUGUUUCCAAUGCAAGGAAUUCGGCCACAUCGCAGCGCAGUGCCCGAAGCGCAACACCGAAUCAACCAGCGUGGGUCAACAAGUCAACAAGUGCGGAGUUGCGGUAAAGUCCGAUCAGAAAAUCUACAAGGCCGUAAAGAUAAGUAGUCAGCAUAUGGCUGCGUUGCUAGAUACGGGAAGCGAUUUGCAUCUAAUUAGAGCAGAACGUUAUAUUAAGUUAGGGGCGCUUCCGCUCACAGGAGCAAAAAUUGUGUGUUUAGGUCUUGGUGAGAAUCGCAUGUCAACUUUGGGCAAUUUUAAGAUUAUUGUGACGAUAGAUAAUGAUGAUUUUACGUUAAUUUUACAUGUAGUACCGGAUAUGAUGAUGAAUCAUGAUAUGUUGCUUGGUUCCGAUUUGUUAAAAGACGCGAACAUUCAAUUAAUCGAGAAUAAUGCGAUAAUUUCCAGACGUGAAGAUAAGUUAGUGGUUCCGUGCGAAACUGAUGAUGUUCCUGAGGUGUUUUGUAUCAACGCUCAUGAAAUUUUUGAUGAUGGUGUCCAACGACAAUUAGAUACCGAUGAGAUCGAGAUGAGACCGGCUAUCGAGAAAUUGAUUGAGACGUAUAAGCCGCAUGCAGUUAAAGAAGUAGGCAUAAAAUUACAAAUUGUAGUAAAAGACGACAUUCCCGUAUAUCAGCCUCCCCGAAGGCUUGCGUCUGUAGAGAGAGAACAGGUUAACCGUCAAAUCGAAGAAUGGUUACGGAACGGAAUUAUUAGACCGAGUGUGUCAGAAUACGCGAGUCCGGUGGUGUUGGUAAAGAAAAAAGAUGGUGGUUUAAGAUUAUGUGUAGAUUAUCGUAAAUUAAAUCAGAAAAUUGUGAAAGACCGCUAUCCGACACCUCUGAUUGAAGAUCAGCUGGACGAAUUGCAGGACGCAACGUUAUUUAGUACAUUAGAUUUAGAGAACGGUUUUUUUCAUGUUCCGGUGCACGAGAAUAGCUUACCAGAGACGAAGGAAUAG